AUGCGGUGCGCCAGAGGCUGCCGAGUCCACCCAAGGCCGCCCUGCCCCGGCCCGCACCCUCACGGCGCCCGAGACCGGUUCUCUUCUAGAAGGUGUCUACGCCAUCGCUCCUUCCUCAGGCGCACGGCCGCCGGACGUGGCGGCCAACGGCUCCUCCUGCGCCUCCCCACUGACAGCCCUGGUCUGCCCGAGCGUGCGCCCUUGCCCUUGCUCGCGUACCGGCUUCGCCCCGCGGGGCCUUUCUCCACCUCGACCUCCUUGGUGGCUGGAACCAGCCUGAUCCUGCCGCCUCCAGGAGGGAGGAGCCCGGGGGGUGGGGCUCCUCCUUCCCUCCCCGCUCUGUCUCCUUUUCCCGGGUUAGCGGCGAGAGAUCAGCGGGAUCCCACAAAGCAGGUUCCGCCGCUAACAGAUCCUAGGACUCGAAGCCCAGUCUGGAACUUUUCUGAGGCCGGGAGGACCUGGGGUCAGACUGCAGCGAGCUCCCAGUCAGCUCACGAAAGCCCGCUCAAACUUCCAGCUGGACUCGGGCAAAGGAAUAAGGUUACCAGAAACUACAGAAGCCAACCCUCUUACCAUCGGUUCCGAGGGGGAAAUGCGAAAGGGCCGCCUCGAGAGCCGACGUGCACCCACCGCUGUACCUCCAGGCGCGCGCGCGCGUCCAACAGGGAGUUCGCAGAGCAGUGGGUUCAGAAGGCCCGAGGAGGGCAGCAAGCCUGGAGGCCCAGAGGCCAAGAGCCUAGAGGUGCCCUGGAGGCCGGAGGAUCGCGGCUGCGCUCGGAACGGCCCCGUCGCGCGCGGCCCCGGUCCCUCCCGGCGACAGGUGCAGCCGCAGCCUCCGCCGCCCGCUGGGCCGGGGCGGCCGCCGCGCAUUGGUGCGGAACCACUAUCGGAACGAGUUUGCGCUUCUGUUUACAAAGCAAUCCUUCCAUCAAAAGAGGAACAAAAUCACCACUUAUCACACCCUGUCAUAAAGUAAUCUGCCCCGGAGGGAAAGCCUGGCACAGAAGCGCGCGGAGUGUGUGUGUGUUGGAGCGGGUGAGGGGCGCAAUGUUGGGGGGGGGGCGCAAAGGAAAGGGGAACUCUCCCAACUCUUUUCCAGGGAAAACCGCUUGGACAAGCCGUGUCCCUCCAGGCCAGGGAAACAGAGGGUAGUCCGAACGCUGGCGCGGGGAUGUGACAGAGGAGUCCACGCUGGGAACUGACUCGGCCGGGCACCGGAUCGCCCUCUUGACUCUUUGGAAUCUGCAUCGCCCCUCCUCCACUGUCUGCUUUUGGGGUGUCUUCCAAGACGCUCCCCAGUCCCCUCUCCUCCAUACAAAUAGAUGGGCAGAGAAGGGAAGCGUGCCUUCUCAGAAACUUCAAGGUCUCUUUCUGUCUCUCUGCCCCAGGAAGUCUACACGGCCCAAAGGACAGUCUUCAGGAACUCCUAACUGUGGGGAGGGUUCUGCUCCCCUAAACCCCCAUAUCCCCCCGCCCAUGCACUUGUUCUUGGAUGAGGGGAGGGUUAAGGACAGGGAGGGUUAACUGGUCACUGAUGACUCAUGUCACUCAGUCAUGUCCAACUCUUUGGGACUCCAUGGACAGUAGCCCCCCAGGCUCCUCUGUCCAUAGGA